AAAGUAUGGAACCAUUAUCUUCUCAGCUUAAAGGACCAAAGAGACAAGAGACAUUAGGACCCACUUCUCCUAUUCAAGAUUGGGAAGUAGAAAGAGCCAAUCUUUUAAUUGAAUUAAACAAAAGCAAUGAAAAGGCUAAUCGCUUAGAAAAAGAAUUAAAAAAAUACCAAGAAACACAUGAAAGAAAUACCUCUAGUUUACUUCGAGAAGUAAAAUUGAAAGAAAGCUAUAUGGAAAAGAAAUUAAAAGAAGUUGAGGAACAGCUUAUGGCUGAAUUGGUCGAACUACAAUAUAAAUUAGAUGAAGAAAGACAUGGUCAGCAAAAGGAAAUACAAAAUUUGAAAAAACAACAUGAAUUGGAUUUGGAAGCGGAAAACAAAAAAUAUCAGAGAAGGUUAAUUAGCCUUCAAGAAAGAUUGAGUGCCAAAGAUAAAGAGUAUGCGGAAUUAUUUGAUGAAAAAGAAAACUUGUUACAGCAGAAUCGUUCUCGGGAAAUACAGGAUACAGAUGAUGACGAUGAAAAGUCUUUCAAAUCAGAAUCUGUUAAACAGAAAGAACUUCAACGAUUAUUACUAACAAAUAAUAGUAAUAAUAAUAAUAAUACUGACAAAAAAAAGAGUACUGCAACAGAAGAGAGGGAUACAUUGUCAAAUAUUGAAAAUUCUAUAAAGGAGUCUAAAAACGAAAUAGAGGUGACUGAUCUUCAUACAUAUUCAAAAAAUAUUCAAGAAGAAAAGUUUCAAAUAGAUGAGUUACUUAUAAAGGAGUUUACAGAAAAAGAAGAAAAGGAGUAUAUUGAGCAUAUUAAGGGAUUAGAGAAAGAAUUAGUAUUGAUGCAAAAAGAACUACAAGCACAUAAGAAGCGUCUAGAACAUACAUUAUCAAGUCAUGAUGCAUAUAUCAGGGAGUUAACUGAGAAGUUUAUGUUGGAAGCACAACGAUCUGAAAUGACCAAUCAAGCACAACUUCAGAACCUUCAAUCUGAACAUACUGAAAUGAUGCAUGAGAUACGAGAGCAGCAUGAAACAGAAAGAGAAGUGUGGCAAAUUCAACACACAACUCUUAUUGAUGAAAUGCGUCGAACUUUGAUAUUUGAAAAAGAGGAUGCAUUGAGUGAGCUUAAUAAAGAAUGGAAGGAAAGAAUAAAAGACCUAAAGGCAUCCAUGUCCAAAGAUUCUAUGCAAAUUCAAGCUCACUGGGAGGCAAAAUUAAAUGAGGUAAAAUCAAAAUCAGUCUCACAAAUAUCUCGACUUCAAGGUGAAAUGGAAGUUAUUAAGGAUCGCUUAGGUCAUGAAAUUCAAAGACGUAAGCGAUAUCAAUCCAAUUUAGAUGAAGUUACAGAAAUGAAUAAGUUGAUAGAUGGUAAACUGAGAAAGUACCAAAGCAAAUAUAAUGAAUUAUUUAAGCAACGGGCUAUAUAUGAGAAAGAAACUAUGAUGGUAACAAAAUUAAAUAUUACAAAAUAGAUCUUCUGUUAUAACUAUAUAUAUAAAUAUUUACAUGUAUUAGUUAAAACAACAACAUAAAGCUUCGUAUAAAUUGGCUGUGGAUCUUUUAGUCAUUAUAUCACCUUCCACUGUUGUAGAUUCUCAACUGAACUUGCUAGAUAUAAUGCAAAUACUUAUUCAUCAUAUAUCUAUUAUGAGUAUGCUUACUGAACCAGAAUAUCAGUAUCAAGAGUCAAAUUUUUAUACUGAAAGUAUACCUACUUUUAGUCUUUAAAUGAAAGAUCAAGUUUAUUUUGCUCUAAAUAUAAAGAAUACCCUGUAUGUGUGUGUGUGUAUGUGUUCUUUUUUUUUUUUU